GGGACAGUCAAUUUGGCCUGUGAGAAUUGUUAGUUUUAUUAUUAUUGUCCUGACCAAAGAAUUUUUGGGCGUGAAAUUCUGGGGUUUUUUUGCGUCACCAAGGUGGUUUUUUUUGCUGCUUUCGCUUCUGCGACAUUUAUUUGUCGCUUCAAAAUCUCAUCUCAGGAGUAAUCAAUCAUUACAACUAAGUCGUGAAUUAACAAAAUAAAUUAGGAUUAAUUAAUCUAUACAAUGAUGAUGAUGUUGGAUCAUCAUUCCACUGAACAUCAUAAUGGUUUAGAUCCGAAAUCCGAUACAGAUAUUGGGAUAGUUAAUUCUAACAUAUUAUGUGAAUCUAGACGACCAAAUUCUAAUAUUCCUAAAGUAAAUGGAGAUUUCACACAUAAUACUUUUCAUUCUUCACCAACAUAUGUUUAUCCACUUGAUCGACAUUCCGCUCCAGCAUCCACAAAUAAAUCAAUCUCACGUCAAAUAACACCGAAUGAUUCAUGUCAUGAAAGUACUUUACGUUUGCACGAAGAUCGUAAACUAUUCAUUGGUAUGUUAGGAAAGCAUCAAACCGAGAAAGAUAUUCAAAAUUUAUUUUCACCUUAUGGGCUCAUUGAAGAAUGUACAAUUUUACGUGAUCAAAAUGGAUUGAGUAAAGGUUGUGCUUUUGUGAAAUACUCCUCGAGUACAGAAGCGGCAAACGCUAUCGAUCAUAUGCAUAAUAGUCAAACAAUGCAAGGUGCUUCUUCUCCGUUGGUUGUAAAAUUUGCCGAUACAGAGAAAGAACGUCAAGUUCGCAGACAGCAUCAGCAGAGCACGACAAACGGUUCUUGUUCUCCGGCGUCAGGGCAUUCUACCAGUACAGGGAUGACUAAUGGUCACUUAGAUGGGUCUCAUACAUCAAUGCAACAAUAUAAUCAACAACAAUCUCUUCGAACUCCAAUUACGAAUAUCACGGAGGCGUCUAAUAUGACGGUAGCGGCGGCCGCUGCAGCAGCCGCGGCUAAUGCAUUUCAACAAUCACUUGUUGCUUCUAAUGUUACACCAGGGUAUUUACAAUUUCCGCCCGGUUUAUUUCCUACCGCUUCAUCAAAUGCUAGCCCUGUUCCUAAUGGUUUCCAAAGUUCAGUUACUCAAUUUACUCAACAGCAACAACAACAACAGAGUCAAGUAGCUCAGCAAGGAUCAGCUUCGGCUUAUUUUAACCCUAUGGCAGCUUUCAUGGCGGCUGCAGCUGCAAUGCAAUAUGCCAAUCCACAAUUAUCAACUGGUAUAGCAGAAAAUCCAUCAAGUCGUUCAACAUCUAUUCCAUUACAAUUGAACACGAUUGUUAGUCAUCCUACAAUCGGUGUUGCUCAUCAGCAUAAUCCACUCACAGGAACUAAUCAUUCAGUACCGAAUGCUUCAGCGUUAGCAUCAUUGGCUGCCGGUUGUCCAGCCACUACUUUACAAAAUAAUACACUUCCUCAAUUAGCUUCAUUGUUCCCUUUGACAGAUGUCGCUCUAUUAUCUCCAGCCGCUUUAGCUGCUCUUACUCAAGUUGGCGCGGGUGCAGUUAAUGGAGGUUUAUUAACUGAAGCUGGAGUUUCCGGUAAUAACGAAUUUAACAAUGCGUUUGGUACUGGUUUAUUAGUUUCUGCUUCACCAUCCACAAUAUCACCGCCGAGUUUCGCCAGCAUAGGUAAUGGUACUACUCAAGGUCAACAACCAGUUUCUAUCUCUUCAUCAACUGGUAGUGUUUUACCAAAUGUUUCUCUUGGUGCAACUGCUAAUAUCUUGGUCUCAUCUCCAGGAAUGGUUACUCCGGUUGCUUCUACACCUCCUACCGUUAGUCCGGCUAUUUUACCGUCACCAAUAACAAAUGAGCCUGUAGGUUUGUAUGCAGCAGCUGUCGCUUUACAGAAUUCAACUGCAGUAGGUCAUACAAAUGCGAACGGAUUACAAUUUCCUCAAUUACAUCCAUCGUUUGCAGCAGCUGCCGCCGCCGCUGCCCAGUCAAUGACACCAUCUCCAGUGAACACUGCACUGAAUUCGUAUUUCACGGAAAAUGCAGCUUUACAAGCGGCGGCGUUAGCUGCCGCUGCAGCCGCGUCUGGUCAGUCGUUUACUAAUGAUCCUAUCGUUCAUCAACUCUAUGCUGGUCUUCAAGCCUACGGGUUAGCUUAUCCUACUGGAGGUGCCGCAUAUACCACUUUUCCUAAUCUACAUCAUCAAGCUUUAUCAAUGCCUGUUCAACAGAAAGAGGGUACGAGGGAACUGAUAUUAACAGGUCCUGAAGGAUGUAAUCUAUUCAUUUAUCAUUUACCACAAGAAUUCGGUGAUAAUGAAUUAGCUCAAAUGUUUAUGCCAUUUGGUACAGUGAUCAGCGCUAAAGUUUAUGUUGAUCGAGCUACUAAUCAAAGCAAGUGUUUCGGUUUUGUCAGUUUUGAUAAUCAUACAAGUGCUCAAAAUGCAAUUCAAGCAAUGAAUGGUUUUCAAAUUGGUAUGAAACGAUUGAAAGUACAAUUGAAGCGUCCUAAAGGCGGUAACACUUCAUCAACAUCAUCAUCGUCAAAUACAAAAUCUUCUCGUGAUACUACUACUACUACGCAUACUGGACAAAGACAAGACGGUGAUUUAUCUCUUCCUUCACAGGAUUCUAUAUACUCUGAGAUAGUCGUAAGCCCUACUGAAACAGUCUCGGUCGCUCCGGUACCUGCUUUAUGAGGUGUAUGUAAUGGAUUGUUCCUCCCUCCUUUUGCUCUGUUCUUCUAUUCCUGAAAAAUCUCAACAACACAGGUUAACUACAUUUUUGUUGUUAUACUCUCUUCUAAUUGAUACUAUUCAUCUGCCGGCUUCUAUCUUGAAUCGUAUGAUGGUAACUACGUGUGUCAAUCUAUGUUAUGGCUCUAUUCUUUUCAUAUGCUCAAAUUUCUGCUCCUCCUAAAUUAUUUUUGCUAACUUCUGGAGUGCACACAUUUAUCUCUCUCUGCGUCGCCCCCUAUUCUUUAGCAUUAUUCUUCACCAUUUAAUCUAUUGUAUGGUCUAUUUUUAUUAUUACUAGGCGGUCAGUUUAAAAAAUGUGUUUAUCUAGAUUCCUCUUUAUUUUUAGUUUCCUGAAAGAGAAUCAAAUUGAAUUUUCUUCUCCGUUUUUCCUUGCUUUGAUGUUGUACUUUGUCUCCCUCUCUGUAUGUGUGUGUCGGGUGUCUCUCCCUACUCAGUUCGAUUAAUCUCUGCAAUACAAUAAAUACAAAUAAACAGAAACAAAUACAGAAUUUUGAUGGAAAAAAACACCCUGAUACAUUCAAUAUGGCAUUGUAGCGAAAUAAGAGCCACUCUCCAUUCACAGUAUACAUUUCAAUGGGUCUUGUUCAUUGACCAUGUACUAUUUUCACUGAUUCAUUUUAAUAAUACACAGGAAUAUUAAUUGAAAGUAUGCGUAACGAAAAAAGAGGGAGAAAGUCGCAUUAUUAUUAUUUUUAUUAUCAUUAUUAUUAUUAUUAUCCCAUCAUUAAGAUGACUGUUUAUGUAUUGUUUUAUUGUAUGCAGCCUCAGUGUUGUUUCUAUGGUUGUUGUCGUCAUAUGAGGAGGUGCUUUUUCUUUUUUCUUGCUUUUUCUCCAUCUUUCACGUUUUUCUUUCUUUUCGUCUUUGAAUAUAUUUUGUUAUAAUGAUUGGUGGUUUGUUUGGCUCUCAUUCUUUCUGUCGGGAAAUGAUAAUUGUAUUCUGCUCAUUCCUUCGAUUUUCACUGAGACAAAAUAGGGAGAGGGAGAGGGAGACACACACACACAGGUAUAUGCAUAUUUUUACAUGAUGAAUGAAUUGUCCAUAAAUAACAGAUUUUUCUUAAUUAUCUUUGUUGUAAAUGACCUAUUGUCGUCAUCACUACUGUUGUAGAGUUGUUGUGUUACUUUUGUGCAUUACUGAGUAUUUUGUUUUGUUUGUUGAUAAAACACUUUUUUUUCCAUAUGGCAUAUCGUUUCAUUAUGAUUGAAUAUUUUUUCAAGAGAAAAAAAAACAAACAAUUUAAACAUUCCGCUUACUGUGGUUAUUUGUCUCUCUCGACGAGUUGGUUCUCUCUCUCUCUUCAACGAUCCAUGUUGCAUUCGUUCAUAUUUGUGUUCGUCACGAGUUCCAUUUGCAUUUUUAACAUUUUCCAUAUAUAUUAUCGCUAAUAAUGAUGUGUAUGAGCUCUGGCACGUUCAUUGAAUAUAAUCACAAUAGCAAUUCUAUUUCAUAUAGUACGUUUAUAAUUGAUAGUAUCCAUUUUGGUUACUUAUCCAUCCAUUCAUCAUUAUUAUUAUCAUUAUCUACUUAAAUGAUCUAUUUUAAUGAUGAAUAAAUAGCAAGUUGAUUAUCAUUAGUAUCAUUGCAAAAAGAAAAAAGAAGAAAAACAGAGAGCAUACACAACAAAUGAAGAAACUAGAUUGUUUUCGACGAUUUUUCUCCUUUUCUUUUUUGAUGACCAGUUAUUUACCUCCAUUAUAUAUUAUAUACAUUAUUCUUUCAAUAUAUUUUUUAAAAACAUAAUUUUCAUCCAUUUGUCUUUGCUACAUACAUUCCUUUAAUUCACUUAUAGAAAUGGAACACAUUUUGUGAAAUGAUUUUUUUGUUCAUACUCAUGUAUAACGCUUUCUACACAUCGACUACGAUUGUUACAAUAACGGUAGAGGAGAAAUAAAAGAAGGUUAUUUACAAGCUGAAGUCCUACUGUUGUUGUUGGUGGUGAUGGUGACGGUGUUUCUUAUUGUUGGUAAAAACCAUAGACAUAUUUCUCUUAUUUUUCUAUACCAUUAUAUACUACUGAUAAGCAAAUUGUUGUUGUUUUCCUUCACACACACACUCUCCAUGUUUUACUAUCCACAUACCCUUAUCCUUUCAUUCACAUGGUUAUCUGAUCCACACACUUCAAAAUACACAGAGACAAACUUAGAGAAAAUCUUAAUUUCACUCCCAAAGAAAGUAGACGAGACAUUAUGAUAUACAGCGCAAUACAACAUAACAGACAAGUGGAAGCUUCAGAGGAACUAAGCAAAAUGAAUGCAUUUAAAUUUAUUUUUGUGCUGUAAUUUACUAGGGUUUUUUGUUGUUACCGAUGAUUAUGUUGAUGAGACCGCAUGAUUUACAUCUAUACCUCUUUACUUCUCUUCUAAUGAAUAUAUAUAAAUGCGAUUGUGCUGUUUUCCUGUAUGCGUAUAACUGAUUAUGUGGUUGAGAUUUUAAAGUGUGUGUGUGUGUGUGUGUGUGUGUGUGUGUGGAAUGAUCGGAUAUACGUUGAACAGUGAUAUACUGGUCAAUAAUGAUAUUAGAUUUACCGGUUUCUUUUUCAUAGAUAUAUCUUCAUAAUCCGUCUAUUCAACCCGCAAAUCGAUAAAUAAAUAAUUAAAUGGGUGUGGAUACACUAUGAUAUAUGCAGAAAUAAGAUUGUUCUUUACACAUACACACAGUGGUACUUCGUUCUCAGUUUUGGAGAAAAUACACACCACUACUGUCUCCGUUUCUUGUUUCCCCUCUUAGGCGUUUUUUUAUUACUACAUAUUAGUAAGUUUUGCUCUCCCUAUCCGAUUCUAUCAUUUUUAUUACCAUGAUGAAUAUGUAGUGUAUAAUGUUAUAUGCCUCUCAUUUUUACAAUUUCUAUGAUUCUUAUGUUGAACACACUUUAGAAUAAAUACACAUGAAUACAAUUUUCCAAUACAUCAUUUACAAGCAAACUGUACGUGAUAAUGUUAAUUAUAAUACUAACACUACUAUGACUAUUAAUGAUGAUGAUAAUAAUACUAAUAAUUCUUUAC